AUGCGCAAGGGGGAGCUUUCUCCCGUCGAACUGACCCGCGCCUGCCUCGACCGCAUCGCCGACACUGACGACCGCUUGAAUUCGUUCAUCCUGCUGCUGGCCGACGACGCCCUGGAGCAGGCUCGCGUCGCCGAGUCGGAGAUGCUGCGCGGCGAAUACCGCGGACCGAUGCACGGGAUACCCUUCGCCCUGAAAGACCUCUACGACACCGCCGGCAUUCGUACCACGUCGGGUUCCCGCGUCGACAUCGAGCGGGUACCCACGGAGGACGCCACCACCACUGCCCGCCUCAAGGACGCGGGCGGCAUCCUCCUGGGGAAGCUCGCCAUGCACGAGUUCGCGCUGGGCGGCCCCGACUGGACGACGCCCUUCGAGCCGGCCCGCAACCCCUGGAACCUGGCCCAUAUCACCGGCGGCUCCAGCAGCGGCUCCGGUUCGGCGGUAGCUUCCGGCCAGGCCCUCGGCGCGCUGGGCUCCUGCACCGGCGGCUCGAUCCGCGGGCCCGCGUCCCUCUGCGGCAUUGUUGGCCUGAAGCCGACCUACGGCCGGGUCAGCCGCUACGGCGUCGUGACCCUUAGUUGGUCGCAGGACCACGCCGGUCCCAUGACCUGGACCGUCGAGGACACCGCCUAUAUGCUGCAGGCCAUCGCCGGCCACGACCCCAAGGACCCCACGUCCAGCAAAGCGCCUGUGCCUGACUAUUCACGUUCCCUACGUGAGGACAUUCGCGGCGUCAGGCUGGGCCUGCCCCGGCAUUACUUCUUCGAUCCCGACCCCAGCGUCAGUCCCGAAGUUGUCGCCACCGUGGAGAAGGCAAUCGCGGAGCUGGAGAGCCUUGGCGCCACCGUGCAGGAAGUUUCCCUGCCCAGCCUGGACUACGUCCGCGCCGCCAACUCCGUCAUCAUGGUCAGCGAAGCCUACGCCUACCACGAGCCCAACCUGAAAUCGCGCCCCCAGGAAUUCGGCGAGAUCGUUCGCGGGCGGUUCCGCGUGGGCGGCAUGAUGUCCGCCGCCGACUACCUGCAGGCGCAGCGGGUGCGGACCUGGGCCCGGCGGGAGUUCGCCGAGGUCAUGCAGAACGUCGAUCUGUUGGUCACACCCACCAUGACCCAGCCCGCCCCGGCCUUCGAGGGCUACGACCCGUCCAGCACGGCGCGUGGCCGCAGCUUCACCGCGCCGUUCAACGCGACGGGCCUCCCGGCCAUCUCGGUACCGUGCGGUUUCACCGAAAGCGGCCUGCCCGUCGGAAUGCAGUUUGCCGGCAAACCCUUCGAUGAGCCCGGCGUUAUCCAAGCGGCCUACACUUACCAGCAGCACGCCCGCUGGUAUGACCAGCGCCCGCCGAUUUAG